AUGUUUUCCACAACCAAUGCGCAAGGAACUACGAGUAACCAGGUUCUUCUCUUCCGCAACGAUUGUUCUAAAACGAAAAUACUUUUAUUUGAUUUUUAUCAGGAGAAACUUGAUCUCAAAAUGAUGAUGAGUGAUCCAUUUUGCAAUUCCGAUAUGAAUUUAUUUUCCAAAUUAACGAUCAAGAUGAGAUGGGGAAAGAAAAGAUAUACAAAAGGAUUUUCUGGAAAGUUUGAACAUGUGGGUACUUUGGGCAAGGGAAUCAUGUCUAUGGUUCCGAUGGAUGUCAAAAUAUCCUACCAUCACAACUGUAUUUUAGUUGCCAACUUCCACAAUGCUUGUAUUCAUGUAUUUGAGCUGAAAUCUAAACAAUUGAAAUACUCGGUUUCAACUCCAGCACGUUUCCCAACCAGUAUCUGUAUAGAAGAAAAUUAUAAUGACAAUGUCAAUAUCAUGAUGGACGCUAUUCUAAUGUUCUGUCAUCAAAACCAUUGUCUGUACAAGUAUGAUUUGGAAAAAUACUUGUUGAAGGAUAAUAGAGGAUUAGCUAUUUGGAAAUCUACAGAUAUUGCACGAACCAUGUCUGUAACAAUGAGACCAAACUCAAAACAAAUAUUUUGUGUCGAUAUGGAUGCUCGAUCGGUAAAGAUUUUGGAUUCUCGUAGUGGUAUAACCAUUCAUUGUAUUUCUUUGGAGCAAAGUUCAUCUCCAUUCAGUUUGGCAUUUGUGAAUGAUUUUCAAUUUGUGUUAAGUACCGAUAUUAACUUGAAAAUUUUCAAAAUGAGUGUAAGUCAUGAAUGGAAGUGUGUUAAAACGUUGGGAAAGAAAGGAGACAACAGAGGAGAGUUUGAUUGUGCACAGUCCAUCAUUUUUGACAAGAAGUCACAAUUUUUGAUUGUCAAUGAUCGUACUAACUUUAGAAUUCAAAUCGUGACACUAGAAGGAGAGUGUUUGGCCUCUUUUGGCUCAUUUUCAAUGAUCAUGAUUGAUGGAAGAUCAGGAAUUUAA